AUGCUGGACGACUUCGAAUAUGAUGCCCUGACUUUUAGAGCCCCUCAGCGGACUCAUUGGUACACCCGCCUGCGGCCCACAUGCCUGGGUCAUGGGCGCUUUGUUCGGAAACGGCCGCAAUUUCAACUGUACCUAAUUGGGUAUGACCCUGUGGGGCAGCUACAAAGGGCGGCCAGCGUGGGUGAUGUGGCAUUAGUUCAAAAAUUCAUCAAUGGCAACGAACACCACAUAAACGAACUCGACAAGAGAGGAAGGACAUCACUACACUACGCGUGUGCCCAUAACCAUCCCAACGUGGUAGCAUGGUUAGUAUCCAACGACUGUACGGAAAUCAAUAUCCAGGAUGACAAAGGCUGCACGCCCUUAAUUAAGGCGACCCAGAUGGACAACGUGGAGUGUGUCUCCAUACUACUCAUGAAGGGUGCAGAUCCCCACAUCGUAGAUUUCGGUGGGGAUGCAGCUCUACACCAUGCAGUUGUCCGAGGAAAUAUAACAAUUGCUGGAAAACUGCUUAAAUAUAAGGCAAAUAUUGACGCCAAAACAAAGGUUGAAGAAACCAGGCCGGAAGGAUUUCUUCCUGAUAAUUAUGACGAUGGCAUCGUGGCCCAGUCUACCGCCGACACUGAAUUACAUUCAUUUCAAGGACCGCGUCUUAUUCCUCCACCAAGGCCACCUCGGUCCAAGCUACGGACAUCGAAGAAGCAACCUCUGUCUCCACCUCUGCCUCCUCGGGACAUUUCUGCAGGACCAACACGGUCCAUAAGUCCGCCUGAUCCUCGCUGCAUGCCACCAGGGCAGCCUCACCAGGUUCAAGAAACCAAGCCGGAAGGAUUUCUUCCUGAAAAUUAUGACGAUGGCAUCGUGCCCCAGCCUACCGACGACACUGAAUUACCUUCAUUUCAAGGUCCUCCAGGGCCUCCAGGACCACCUCUUGUUCAUUCCAUCUGUUCCAUCAAUGGUCCAGGAGGAGCCCCAGGACCGCGUCUUAUUCCUCCACCAAGGCCACCUCGGUCCAAGCUACGGACAUCUAAGAAGCAACCUCUGUCUCCACCUCUGCCUCCUCGGGACAUUUCUGCAGGACCAACACGGUCCAUAAGUCUGCCUGAUCCUCGCUGCAUGCCACCAGGGCAGCCUCACCAGGUUCAAGAAACCAAGCCGGAAGGAUUUCUUCCUGAAAAUUAUGACGAUGGCAUCGUGCCCAAGACUACCGACGACACUGACUUACCUUCAUUUCAAGAAACCAAGCCGGAAGGAUUUCUUCCUGAAAAUUAUGACGAUGUCAUCGUGCCUCAGACUACCGACGACACUGAAUUACCUUCAUUUCAAGGUCCUCCAGGGCCUCCAGGACCACCUCUUGUUCAUUCCAUCUGUUCCAUCAAUGGUCCAGGAGGAGCCCCAGGACCGCAUCUUAUUCCUCCACCAAGGCCACCUCGGUCCAAGGUACGGACAUCUAAGAAGCAACCUCUGUCUCCACCUCUGCCUCCUCGGGACAUUUCUGCAGGACCAACACGGUCCAUAAGUCCGUCUGAUCCUCGCUGCAUGCCACCAGGGAAGCCUCACCAGGUUCAAGAAACCAAGCCGGAAGGAUUUCUUCCUGAAAAUUAUGACGAUGGCAUCGUGCCUCAGACUACCGACAACACUGAAUUACCUUCAUUUCAAGGUCCUCCAGGGCCUCCAGGACCACCUCUUGUUCAUUCCAUCUGUUCCAUCAAUGGUCCAGGAGGAGCCCCAGGACCGCGUCUUAUUCCUCCACCAAGGCCACCUCGGUCCAAGGUACGGACAUCUAAGAAGCAACCUCUGUCUCCACCUCUGCCUCCUCGGGACAUUUCUGCAGGACCAACACGGUCCAUAAGUCUGCCUGAUCCUCGCUGCAUGCCACCAGGGCAGCCUCACCAGGUUCAAGAAACCAAGCCGGAAGGAUUUCUUCCUGAAAAUUAUGACGAUGGCAUCGUGCCCCAGACUACCGACGACACUGAAUUACCUUCAUUUCAAGGUCCUCCAGGGCCUCCAGGACCACCUCUUGUUCAUUCCAUCUGUUCCAUCAAUGGUCCAGGAGGAGCCCCAGGACCGCAUCUUAUUCCUCCACCAAGGCCACCUCGGUCCAAGGUACGGACAUCUAAGAAGCAACCUCUGUCUCCACCUCUGCCUCCUCGGGACAUUUCUGCAGGACCAACACGGUCCAUAAGUCCGUCUGAUCCUCGCUGCAUGCCACCAGGGAAGCCUCACCAGGUUCAAGAAACCAAGCCGGAAGGAUUUCUUCCUGAAAAUUAUGACGAUGGCAUCGUGCCUCAGACUACCGACAACACUGAAUUACCUUCAUUUCAAGGUCCUCCAGGGCCUCCAGGACCACCUCUUGUUCAUUCCAUCUGUUCCAUCAAUGGUCCAGGAGGAGCCCCAGGACCGCAUCUUAUUCCUCCACCAAGGCCACCUCGGUCCAAGGUACGGACAUCUAAGAAGCAACCUCUGUCUCCACCUCUGCCUCCUCGGGACAUUUCUGCAGGACCAACACGGUCCAUAAGUCCGUCUGAUCCUCGCUGCAUGCCACCAGGGAAGCCUCACCAGGUUCAAGAAACCAAGCCGGAAGGAUUUCUUCCUGAAAAUUAUGACGAUGGCAUCGUGCCUCAGACUACCGACAACACUGAAUUACCUUCAUUUCAAGGUCCUCCAGGGCCUCCAGGACCACCUCUUGUUCAUUCCAUCUGUUCCAUCAAUGGUCCAGGAGGAGCCCCAGGACCGCAUCUUAUUCCUCCACCAAGGCCACCUCGGUCCAAGGUACGGACAUCUAAGAAGCAACCUCUGUCUCCACCUCUGCCUCCUCGGGACAUUUCUGCAGGACCAACACGGUCCAUAAGUCUGCCUGAUCCUCGCUGCAUGCCACCAGGGCAGCCUCACCAGGUUCAAGAAACCAAGCCGGAAGGAUUUCUUCCUGAAAAUUAUGACGAUGGCAUCGUGCCCCAGACUACCGACGACACUGAAUUACCUUCAUUUCAAGGUCCUCCAGGGCCUCCAGGACCACCUCUUGUUCAUUCCAUCUGUUCCAUCAAUGGUCCAGGAGGAGCCCCAGGACCGCAUCUUAUUCCUCCACCAAGGCCACCUCGGUCCAAGGUACGGACAUCUAAGAAGCAACCUCUGUCUCCACCUCUGCCUCCUCGGGACAUUUCUGCAGGACCAACACGGUCCAUAAGUCCGUCUGAUCCUCGCUGCAUGCCACCAGGGAAGCCUCACCAGGUUCAAGAAACCAAGCCGGAAGGAUUUCUUCCUGAAAAUUAUGACGAUGGCAUCGUGCCUCAGACUACCGACAACACUGAAUUACCUUCAUUUCAAGGUCCUCCAGGGCCUCCAGGACCACCUCUUGUUCAUUCCAUCUGUUCCAUCAAUGGUCCAGGAGGAGCCCCAGGACCGCAUCUUAUUCCUCCACCAAGGCCACCUCGGUCCAAGGUACGGACAUCUAAGAAGCAACCUCUGUCUCCACCUCUGCCUCCUCGGGACAUUUCUGCAGGACCAACACGGUCCAUAAGUCCGUCUGAUCCUCGCUGCAUGCCACCAGGGAAGCCUCACCAGGUUCAAGAAACCAAGCCGGAAGGAUUUCUUCCUGAAAAUUAUGACGAUGGCAUCGUGCCUCAGACUACCGACAACACUGAAUUACCUUCAUUUCAAGGUCCUCCAGGGCCUCCAGGACCACCUCUUGUUCAUUCCAUCUGUUCCAUCAAUGGUCCAGGAGGAGCCCCAGGACCGCGUCUUAUUCCUCCACCAAGGCCACCUCGGUCCAAGGUACGGACAUCUAAGAAGCAACCUCUGUCUCCACCUCUGCCUCCUCGGGACAUUUCUGCAGGACCAACACGGUCCAUAAGUCUGCCUGAUCCUCGCUGCAUGCCACCAGGGCAGCCUCACCAGGUUCAAGAAACCAAGCCGGAAGGAUUUCUUCCUGAAAAUUAUGACGAUGGCAUCGUGCCCCAGACUACCGACGACACUGAAUUACCUUCAUUUCAAGGUCCUCCAGGGCCUCCAGGACCACCUCUUGUUCAUUCCAUCUGUUCCAUCAAUGGUCCAGGAGGAGCCCCAGGACCGCAUCUUAUUCCUCCACCAAGGCCACCUCGGUCCAAGGUACGGACAUCUAAGAAGCAACCUCUGUCUCCACCUCUGCCUCCUCGGGACAUUUCUGCAGGACCAACACGGUCCAUAAGUCCGUCUGAUCCUCGCUGCAUGCCACCAGGGAAGCCUCACCAGGUUCAAGAAACCAAGCCGGAAGGAUUUCUUCCUGAAAAUUAUGACGAUGGCAUCGUGCCUCAGACUACCGACAACACUGAAUUACCUUCAUUUCAAGGUCCUCCAGGGCCUCCAGGACCACCUCUUGUUCAUUCCAUCUGUUCCAUCAAUGGUCCAGGAGGAGCCCCAGGACCGCAUCUUAUUCCUCCACCAAGGCCACCUCGGUCCAAGGUACGGACAUCUAAGAAGCAACCUCUGUCUCCACCUCUGCCUCCUCGGGACAUUUCUGCAGGACCAACACGGUCCAUAAGUCCGUCUGAUCCUCGCUGCAUGCCACCAGGGAAGCCUCACCAGGUUCAAGAAACCAAGCCGGAAGGAUUUCUUCCUGAAAAUUAUGACGAUGGCAUCGUGCCUCAGACUACCGACAACACUGAAUUACCUUCAUUUCAAGGUCCUCCAGGGCCUCCAGGACCACCUCUUGUUCAUUCCAUCUGUUCCAUCAAUGGUCCAGGAGGAGCCCCAGGACCGCGUCUUAUUCCUCCACCAAGGCCACCUCGGUCCAAGGUACGGACAUCUAAGAAGCAACCUCUGUCUCCACCUCUGCCUCCUCGGGACAUUUCUGCAGGACCAACACGGUCCAUAAGUCUGCCUGAUCCUCGCUGCAUGCCACCAGGGCAGCCUCACCAGGUUCAAGAAACCAAGCCGGAAGGAUUUCUUCCUGAAAAUUAUGACGAUGGCAUCGUGCCCCAGACUACCGACGACACUGAAUUACCUUCAUUUCAAGGUCCUCCAGGGCCUCCAGGACCACCUCUUGUUCAUUCCAUCUGUUCCAUCAAUGGUCCAGGAGGAGCCCCAGGACCGCAUCUUAUUCCUCCACCAAGGCCACCUCGGUCCAAGGUACGGACAUCUAAGAAGCAACCUCUGUACAAGGCACAGAUGUGA